UCAGAACGGCACAAUAAGCAAGUUGGUGUGACGUCAGAAAACGUUGCCGUUUGAAUAAACGUCACAAGCGUUGUGACAUCCGACCCUAAUAAUACCUGCUCUGGUUAAAGAUAAUUAACAUCCAUUAUUUCGCAUCCUACUUGAUUUAAGAAUGGUUCGUAAGUUAGUGUAGCAGAAGCUUACCGGCCAGUGAAAGCAGGAGUCCACGUUCAUCGCGCGAGUGUAUCUCGAUACAUGUGGGCCAGGCUGGCGUCCAGAUCGGCAAUGCCUGCUGGGAGCUGUACUGCCUGGAGCACGGCAUCCUCCCUGACGGUCAGAUGCCCAGUGAAACUGCCUUCGGGGGCGAAGGUUCCUCCAACACCUUCUUCAGUGAGACCGGAUCGGGAAAGCACGUCCCCAGGGCGGUCUUUGUGGACCUGGAGCCCACCGUCAUCGAUGAAGUGCGCACCGGAACCUAUCGUAAGCUCUUCCACCCGAAUCAGCUGAUCACAGGUAAGGAGGAUGCGGCCAACAACUACGCCCGCGGACACUACACCAUCGGCAGAGAGAUCAUCGACCAUGUAGCUGACAGGAUACGCAAAUUGGCCGACAUGUGUUCCGGCCUGCAGGGUUUCCUGGUGUUCCACAGCUUUGGAGGUGGCACCGGCUCGGGGUUCACCUCCCUGCUGAUGGAGCGCCUCUCUGUGGAUUACGGCAAGAAAUCCAAGUUGGAGUUCUCCAUCUACCCGGCCCCCCGGGUUUCCACCGCUGUUGUGGAGCCCUACAACUCCAUUCUGACCACACACACUACCCUGGAGCACUCUGACUGCGCCUUCAUGGUGGACAAUGAGGCCAUCUACGACAUCUGCCACCGGAACCUGGACAUUGAGCGUCCCUCGUAUACAAACUUGAACCGACUUAUUAGCCAGAUCGUGUCGUCCAUCACAGCCUCCCUGCGCUUUGAUGGUGCCUUGAACGUGGACCUGACGGAGUUCCAAACCAACUUGGUACCCUACCCACGCAUCCAUUUCCCGCUGGCCACCUAUGCGCCAGUGGUCUCGGCUGAGAAGGCCUAUCACGAGCAGCUGUCGGUGUCCGAGAUCACCAACUCGUGUUUCGACCCCGCCAACCAGAUGGUGAAGUGCGACCCCCGCCAUGGUAAGUACAUGGCCUGCUGCCUGCUGUACCGUGGCGAUGUGGUGCCCAAGGACGUGAACGCUGCCAUCAACUCCAUCAAGAACAAGCGCACCGUCCAUUUCGUGGACUGGUGCCCCACCGGCUUCAAGGUGGGCAUCAACUAUCAGCCACCUACAGCCGUGCCCGGAGGCGACCUGGCCAAGGUGCAGCGGGCCGUGUGCAUGCUCAGCAAUACCACCGCCAUCGCCGAGGCCUGGGCCCGCCUCGACCACAAGUUUGAUCUGAUGUAUGCCAAGCGCGCCUUUGUCCAUUGGUACGUGGGGGAGGGCAUGGAGGAGGGCGAGUUCAAUGAGGCCCGUGAGGACAUGGCCGCACUGGAGAAGGACUACGAGGAGGUCGGCGCCGACUCCGUGGACGAUGCCCUCAGAGAGGCUGAAUAUUUUUAAAUGUUCAAACCUCACAAUAUGUUUGGGAAACUUGUAUUGGUCACUGAAAUGGCAAAAGUGAAUCGGGAGUAAAGAUAUAUGUGCUCCGUCAUAUGCCCCUCAUCGAUUCAUCUUGACGAUUAGGGAUCGCUUAAUAUAUGAAUUGAUAUUUUUGUAUAUCCUGAUCCUAAUAAUGCAAAUAAUGUUUGGAAGGCUGAUUAAAAAUAGUGUUGUUCAUGUCCUCAGAAUUCAUUU